UAAUGUGUAGCUAGUAAACUGUUUAGUUGAUCAUAUAUCUAAGUUAAUGUGUUCUUAAACUCCCUAGUGAAUGUGUUCUUAACAUAGUUUCUGGUUUUUUGUGCAGGCCAACGAACAUGGGACAAGACUAUAGCUACACGCAGCCUUCAUCAGAGGAGUUCGACAUCAACUCUUUACUUGAAGCAGAAGCUGCUCUCUACGGGGAUGAAGCUCAGAGUAGCUACAUAAUUGCAGAGGCGGAUCAGUACCCACCAGAACCUGAGGCUGAUGAAGGAAUACCGAGGACAUGCUAUUGCGGUAGUGAGGUUGUUGUUGAAACCUCGUACACUCGUAAAGAUCCAGGAAGGAGGUACUUCUCCUGCAACAACGUUGACGAUGGAGACUCCCACAUCUGGAAAUGGUGGGAUGUGGCGAUUCAAGAAGAGCUUCGUGAAACGCAGACACAACUUAGGAUGGUGAAGGAUCAAUUCUUUGAGAGUGACCAGAAGGUGGCUAAGCUUGACAAGAUCGUGGGUGUGUUAACUAAGAAGACAUCAGUGAUUAACUAUGGUUUGGCAAAGGGAGUUAGUGUACUGGUGUUGGUGAUACUGGUCAUCGUUAUGGGCUGGAAGAGCUUCGGAGGUUUUAAACAUCAGUGUCCGAACUCGAGAAGGGGUUGGCAGAUUUGA